AUGCAAUUUGAGAUGCACGACAACGUGAAAGGCAAAGCCAUGUCCUACCCAGUGACCAGCCAGCCCCCGUGUGCCAGCAGCUACCAGUCCCAGCUCAGUGACUGGAACACCACUCUCCUGGACUGCUGCAAUGACAUGCCCAUCUGUCUGUGCGGCACUUUCGUCCCUCUGUGCCUCGCCUGCCGCAUCUCCGACGACUUCGGCGAGUGCUGCGCCACUCCCUGCCUGCCCGGAAGCCUGAACUCCCUGCGCACCGGCAUGCGCGAGCGCUACCACAUCCAGGGCAAUAUUGGGAAAGACUGGGCGGCCCUCACCUUUUGUUUGCCCUGCGCCCUCUGUCAGAUGGCGCGGGAGCUGAAGAUCCGAGAGUAA